AUGUCAGUACAGUUAAGGGAGGCCAAGGUGGCAGGUUUGAUAGACCAGCAAACUGGUGUCUGGGAUCCCUCAAUCUUAACUGAUCUAUUUCAACCUAAUGAUGUGGCGGAAAUUAUGAAAAUACCCAUCUCCCCGGAAUAUGAUGAUACUUGGUACUGGCAUGGGGAUCCAAGAGGGGAGUAUUCUGUUAAAAGUGGAUAUAGGCAAGUAGUGGGAAAUUAUCAACAGACUAAUGGGGUAUUUGCAAAAUGGUUAUCCCUAUGGAAGUUAAAAAUCCCCCCAAAAUGGAGAAUGUUUCUAUGGAGAGCCAUUAGUGAUAUAUUGCCUACUACUACAAACUUGCUUAUAAAGAGGGUGGAUGUGGAUCCACGAUGUGCCAUGUGUGGAUUAUCUCAAGAAGACACAAUGCAUGCUUUGGUGUUAUACUCUGAUGGGAUAUUCUAUGCAGUAGCAAUACUUUACAAUAUUUGGAGAGCACGGAACAGGGCCGUUUGGGAAGCAACGUUACCACGGCCGGAAGUGGUCCUCAAAAUGGCCGCUGCUGCCAAGCUGGCAUGGACUCGGGCGCACCCACAGCUCACGGCCCCGCCCACCACGCUGCUAGCCACGCCAAACCCACUGCAAGGAAACGCCAAUCUCCUUGCGCCGAAUCCCCUCGCUGCCGAGCCACCUGGACCGCCAAGGCACGUAUGCCGUGUGGAUGGAGGGUAUUUGCAGGAGACAAGACAGGCGGCUUUGGGGGUACUCUUACUAAAUAUGGACGGGGGAUAUGUUUCGGCAUUCAGUGGACCACUUCAAGGAUGCUCCUCGCCACUUAUGGCAGAGGCGCUCGCAUGUAAAGAAGCUUUAUCAUGGUUGAAGGAUCGGGGUGAGCAAAACGUUGAGGUUUAUACGGACUGCCUCACACUACAUCGUUAUCUUACUACACCAACUACUGUGCUGCGCACAUAUCUAGGCUAUGCCAUUGACACUUGCAGGCUUAUUGCAUCUUCGUUUCAGUCUUGUUCGUUUCAUUUUAUUCAUAGAGUAGAGAACCAUUUAGCUCAUGCUUUAGCUACUACGGCUUAUCAGCAAACUGCAACUAUGUAUUGGGAUCUACUCCCACCAGAUGUUAUUUCGGCCUACUUUUAA